UUUCAUUCAAUUUUCUUUUCAAUCAUAUUCCAAAGGAUCCUUCAAGCAAUAACCUUAAUGGCGUCUUCUUCGACUUCAUCCGUUCAGAUGAGCUUUAAGUAUGAUGUUUUUUUGAGUUUUAGAGGUGAAGACACACGUAAGACAUUCAUUGAUCAUCUCUAUCAUGCUCUUCAGCACAAAAGCAUCCACACUUGCAAAGAUGACGAGAGAAUCAAGAAAGGGGAGAGGAUCGGUGAUGAGAUCAUCGAAUCCAUUGAAGACUCAAAGUUCUAUAUAAUUGUUUUCUCCAGGAACUAUGCAUCUUCUUCUUGGUGCUUGGAUGAGUUUGUAAAGAUUAUGGAGUGCCAGACGAUGACUGAGCAUAAUGCUUAUCCCGUCUUCUAUGAUGUGGAACCCACUGAAGUCCGCUACCAAAGUGGGGAAUUUGGAAAAGCUUUUGCUAAACAAGAAAAGAAAGAGGAUGCUGAAAAAUGGAGAAAGGCUCUAAAAGAAGCAGCCGAUCUUUCUGGGUUUGAGUUGAAGAACACUGCAGAUGGAAUAACCCACAGGCAUGAAGCUAAAUUUAUCCAAAAAAUUGUGGAAGAGAUCUCACUAGAGUUGCGAUCCAUCAAUUUCAGCGUCGAUGAAAAAUUAAUAGGCAUGGAGGAUCGAAUAAGAGAUAUUGUUUCAACUUUAGAAAUUGGUUUUGAUGACGUUCGAAUGAUAGGAAUCAAGGGGAUGGGAGGUGGUGGGAAGACAACUUUGGCGAGAGCUGUUUUUGAUCGAAUAUCGUUUGGGUUCGAAGGUAGCAGUUUUGUUGAGAAUGUUAGGGAAAAUUCAAAUCCCAAUUUAUCCCGUUUGAAGAAGUUACAGAAACAAGUCCUUAAAGAUGUGUUAAAUGCCCAUGACAUCAAAAUAAGUAAUGUUCAUGAUGGGAAAAAGAUGAUAAAAAAGAUGAUGAGUUGUAGAAAGGUUCUUAUUGUUCUCGAUGAUGUGGAUCAUGUAGACCAACUUAAGGCGUUAGCGGGUGAGCUUAAUUGGUUUAAUAAGGGAAGUAGAAUUAUCAUCACAACAAGAGAGAAGCAAGUGUUGGUAGCACACAAAGUAGCGAACUCAAAUAUUCACGAUGUCAAUCUAUUAACAGAUGACGAAGCAAUUUGUCUCUUGAGUAGGCAUGCAUUUGGGAAAGAGAGUCCAAAUCCUGGGUACGAAGAGCUAUCAAGAAACGUUAUAGGUUAUGCUGCUGGUCUACCCUUAACAAUCACAGUUUUGGGUUCGUUUCUCUGUGAUGCAAACGAGGAUGUAUGGAUAGAUACCCUCGCAAGACUUGAAAAAAUUCCAUUGCAUGAAACUCUACAAAAGCUGGAGUUAAGCUAUAUGGGUCUUGAUACCGAUUGCAAGGAAAUAUUCCUAGAUGUUGCAUGCCUAUUGAAABGKUGGRYGAAAGAAGAAGCAAUCAUAGCGCUUGAAAGCCGUGGAUUUCAUGCUAUACACGGUUUGACUGUUCUUCAGAACAGAUCUCUUGUAACUAUUUCUAAAGAUGGGCGCUUGACGAUGCAUGACCAUAUAGAAGAAAUGGGGAGAUACAUUGUUCGUCGUUCGAACCUUAAUGAGCCUGCAAGACACUCCCGAUUGUGGAUUACGGAGGAAAUUGAAGAUAUAUUGGUUAACGAUUUGGGGACUGAAGCAACAUGUAUAAAGCUAUGGGCGAAAAAAGUCGAUAAAAAAACUAUUACGAGAGGCCUUAGAAAGAUGGAGAAACUUAGAUUUCUUGACAUUUUCUACAACACAAGAGAUUUGGAGUAUGAUGAAGAUGUCCCAUACUUACCGGAUUCUUUGCAAUAUCUAAAUUCACGUUUUCUCCUUUUUCGUGUUUUACCGAAAGCAUUUCAAGCAAGUAAUCUUGUUGCUCUUGAAAUUCGUUACAUGAAACAACUUUGGGAACGGGGAGAGAGAAAGGUUCUUCCGAAACUCCGAUUCCUUCAACUCCCUUAUUCAAUGUUGACGACCUUUGACCUUGGGCUAACUCCAAAUCUUGAGAUAUUAAAUCUACAAGAUAGUCAUGAUUUGGUAGAAUUUCACAUGCCACUUCCAUGCCCAAAACUCAAAUCCCUCAACCUCAAGGGUUCAAAGUUGAGUACCGUUGACCUUAACUUGUUUCCGAAUAUCGAGACGUUGAAUCUUAUGGAAUGUUCAGAUUUGGUAGAACUUCACAUUCCAUGUGAAUGUCCACAACUCAAAUUCCUUAACGUGAGUAGUCCAAAGUUGAGGUCCGUUGACCUUAAGUUGGUUCCGAAUAUCGAGACGUUAAAUCUUAAUGGGUGUUGUGAUUUGGUAGAACUUGUCAUGCCAUAUAAAUGCCCAUUGCACCCUGAUGAUAAUUUCCCCAAGUUUCAGUUUGAUUGUACAUAUGAGGAAGAUCUACCCUCAUCGAUUGGAAAUGUUGAGAAGCUUAUUUCGGUAAGUUCCUCUUGUGCUUGCACAGACCUUGAGAGUUUUUUCGGAAGCAUUUGUGGUUUACAGCACUUAGGAUACCUUACACUGAAGGGCGAUAUUCCAGAGGUGCCCAAAGACCUUGACAACUUACAAUGUCUAGUGCAGCUCAGUUUGUGGUCUCCAAGUAUUAAACAUCUUCCUGAUAGCAUUUUAUCGUUGAAACAUCUGAAAUUUCUCAAUCUUUUUGAUUGUAAGCUUCUUGAGAAGUUACCGGAGGAGCUUGGCCGAUUAGAAUGUUUAGAGGAACUGUAUUUGAGUUCUAAAAAGAUUAAACAUCUUCCGUAUAGCAUUUGUAUGUUGAAACAUCUGAAAUUUCUAUCACUUUAUGACUGUGAGCUUCUAGAGAAGUUACCGGAGGAUCUUGGUCGAUUAGAAUGUUUAGAGAGGCUAAUACUAAAACGGUGUCUAGUUUUACGAGAUAUUCCGAACAGCAUAUGUAGGUUGAAAAGUCUAAAGUAUCUCAGUCUCCACGAUUCUAUUAGAGUUGAGAAAUUGCCAGAGGAACUUGGACGUUUAGAAUGUUUAGAAAAGUUGGAUAUACGAGGUACAAGCAUAAAUAAUCUUCCCCCGAGCAUUUCACCGUUAGGAGGUCUGGAAAUUAUUCGAUCAGAAGACGGAACAACCACAACUACAACUACGGUAGGAGGUCUGAAAAUUGUUCGAUCAGAAAUCGGAACAACCACAACUACAACUAUGGUAGGAGGUCUGGAAAUUGUUCGAUCAGAAGACGGAACAACCACAACUACAACUACGGGAGGCUACUGUACUGUACUGUAA